AUGUGCGACAAGCGCCACGGGUGUCAGCGAGCAUUGCUGGGGAAGGACACAGCACUCGCCUCCGGCCUCGCCCCUGCCUGCAGCCCCACAGCAGCAAAACUUCUUGUGAACGACGGCCCUGGCCUCGCUGCUGGGGCGAGCAGAGCUGCUCCCGGGAGCCCACCAGGUCUGGGCACCUGCCUGCAGCGCCGCUUUGCGGGAGAGCGCUUUGCCAUCCAGCCUGAGGUGCUGGAAGCAAGUUUGAGCAGUGGCCAACGGGAGGUGACCGUUCAAAAGGGGCCGCUUUACCGAGUGAGGGGCUCCCACAUCACGCUGUGGUGCCGCGUGAGCGGCUACCAGGGGCCGGCGGAGCAGAACUUCCAGUGGUCCAUCUACCUGCCGUCGGCCCCCGAGCGCGAGGUGCAGAUCGUGAGCACGGCCGACCCGUCCUUCCCCUACGCCAUCUACACGCAGCUGAUCGAAGACACCCUCUCGGUGUCUAUGGAGCCCCAGGCCCUGACUCGUGCUGAAGGCGACUCCAUGGAGCUCACCUGCGAGGUGUCAAAGUCCACCAGCCAGCACACGCACCUCUCUGUCGGCUGGUAUCAUCUUCAGGAAGCAGAAGACAGCCAUGCUGAGGAGAUCCUUACUCUGUCCAAGGAUUUUGUCUUGAGGCCAGGGGCCUCUUACACGCAGAGGUUUCUGAUGGGCGACGUGCGGCUGGACAAGGUUGGGAAUACCACGUACAAGCUCUCCAUCAGGGCAGUGAAGCCAUCCGAUCAAGGCCAGCUCUACUGUGAGGCAGCUGAGUGGAUUGAGGACCCUGAUGAGACAUGGACGGACAUCUCCCGGAAGCGAACCCAGAAGAUGUCACUGACGGUCACAAGCCUAGGUAAAGAUUUCCACGUGACCAUUGCUGCUGCUGAAAGCUCCCUCUCCGAAGGCGACACCUUGCAGCUGAAUUGCUCACUGAAGUGGCCACAGUUGGCCCAAGUGGAGUGCUGA